AUGUUGUCGACAGAAAAUGUGGUUCAUGUGCGAGUGCUUAGGGAAGAAUUCAAACCGAUGAUGACUACCAUCUAUCCGAGAAUUGCGCCGCGCUGGUUUGAAAAUCGAUUGUUUUGGUCUCCGUGAAAACGAAAGCAGCACCCCGGGCGUAGAAAUACCGUGUACACCACAUAAGCCAUUGUCUUGCCUACUAACAGUUCUCUGUAAUGACAUCCAUGCCGCAAUGAAAAAGCUUCAGUUUAGUGUCUACCGGGGAGAUGUGUACAAGAAAGUUGCAGAAUCACAGUUUACUUUCAAGUUCCUUUGCUCCAUGAAGUCAUUUCUGUUAAAUCUUAUGGGGAACGAGUGCUUCAAAGACAGGCUUGUCCAACAUUUUCAACGAGUUCUAGCACUUCUGAGUGAGCCAGAAAGUUCCCUGAUUGGCCAACUUAACAUAGAUCGAAACUUGGUUGAAGUGCAGAAUGGCUGGUUUUGGUCUUUCUCUGAAGGAGCUUUUGCACAAGGAGUGAUCCCAGAAUCAGAGGUGAGAGCAUACGUUUUCAUCAGUAAAGGUUGUUUUAAUUCCGUUAUCACAAUUUCCUUGGCUACAAUUUAUCUGCUGGCUAAAAUGACAAUGUAUCUGUUCAAUAGAAACGUCGUUUUUCUAUUACUAUACAACAUAAUUAACCUUGGAAUAUGUCAAAUCAAGUGCUAUUCAGUUUCGAGUUACCUAAUCUAGGACUACUCCUAGUUUGUUGGCGGGUAAAGGUUUCUACUUACGUAUUUAUUACAUGUUUGUAUGUUUUAACAGUUCUUUUUUUUUCUCUUUUCUACAACGAGGUAUCACAUCACCAAGAGCGUAUGUCCACUAUGACAGCCUCCAAGAGCCCGAUCCUUAA